AUGGCCCACAGUUCCACGGCUACGCGAUCCGCGCGACCACCUGGCACGGACUGGCAAGACUCCUACUUCACGCUAGAGGAGCGCUAUCGGCGGCUGCAGAAGCGGUUCCAUGCCCAGGAACAGGAGCUAAAGUUGAUGAAAGUUGCGCAACGAAAGAAGGACGCCCCGUCUACAGGCCCAUCCUUGUCUUCCGUUUCCGCGCGGCGCCUGCCACAGCCCGCACUUCGCUCUGAGCCCCGCUAUACGGAGGCGUCGCAGCGCAAUGUGGAGGUCUCUGGACCGAGCUCUCCGCGGUGCUUUCCAACCCCGCAGAAUGGCAACAGCGGUAGUGCGCCUGCUCACACCUCGCUGGGAAUUUCGGCCUUGCCGAAUCGAUGGGUGGACUACCAAAUCAGCCGCGCAGACUCUAUCAACGACUCCCAGCAGCCGUCGCCACCACAGGCUGCUUUGUACGCCCAGCCUUCAUCGUCGCCAAAUCAGCCGCCUGUACAGCAGCAGCCGCAGCCGCAUGGAGUGGAGGAGUACAUCGCGGUGCCCUCUGCGGCUGCUCCCCAGGCGGCUCGGGUGGCCGCCAUCGCCGAGGCGAGCGCGUGGGGCGAGGCAGGUGCACUGCCCGAUCCAGCCAUGGUGUGGGGCACCGACGGCCGCAGUAGCAUGCAAAAUUACGUGGUGGCUAGCGCUCUCUACCACGCCAACGAGGAGCUCCGCCGCAAGCUUAACGAGUCCGUGACGGCGCUGCAAACUCUUCAGCAAGAGCUGGGGUGCAGUCGUGCGCAGCACGCGGCGUUGCAGACGCGGCUGGAGAACGUGUCUGCGCAGCUUCACCAGCUCGUGCGUGAGCGCGACCUGUCAUCGCAGAAGUACACCAACGCGAGCCACACCAUAGCGGACCUCGAGCGCACCCUGCGUGACCGCAUCAGUGAGGAGGAAAAGAUUCGGUUUUCAUUGGAGAGCCAAAUAACGGAGCUGCGCAGCCGCCUCGUAGUGGGGGCAGACAGCAACGAGUUGUUGCAGAAGGACGUGCGUAGCUUGCUGUCCGAGACGCGGGACCGAACGGCGGAGGUGAUGAAGCUGCGCUCGAACCUGGCGCUGGCCGAGUCCGCUCUGUCGUCGCAGAGGCAUGUGAACGAGAACAUGCUGGUGGAGCUGAAAAGUCUGAGCACCCAGCUUGUGGAGGAGCGCAAGCGACUCAUCACGGUGACACGCGAAGCACAUCUUUCCUCUCUCAGCGGGACGCGUGUGGAGGAUCUAGAGCAGCAGCUGCAGCGUGUGCAGGAGGAACGCAAUGCCAUUGAGCGGGAGCACAUCAAACUCAUGUCGGAUUUUGUGCACAUCACUGAGGACGCCCUGGGGCACGCUCGAGAAGAGGUGCGGAGGGACGUAGCGGACUGGAAGGCGGCCGCCACCCACUGGGAGCAGGUGUCCCAGCUGCUUUACAAGGACAUCGCUGAGCGCACCCAGCAGCACCUGCAGUGUCGUGCCGAAUGUGAGGAGGCUCAGGGCCAGCGCGACGCAGCGGAGUUGCAGGUGCGUUCACUGAAGGGGGAGGUGGCCCUGCUCACCGCAAAGCUUGACGUGGUGUGGCCCAGCCACGCGACGGACGCGAAGGACUUGACGGCGGAGGAGAUACUCAACGUCUUUGGUCGAAAAGAUCGCGCGGGCAUUUUCUUGUUCGACGAGCGCCGCCGCCGCCGAGCUGCAGCGCUUCGCCGCAGCGGAGCCAACGAUGGCGAGGCGACUGGCGCGUCUGCCACGGGGGAGACCGCCGCCGCCGCUGAAGAGGAUGAUGGCGGCGGCGGUGAGAAUGCUGGCUUUGACCUGGCGGCGGCAGUGCUCGGCGAUCUCCCAGCUGACCCGACGACCGUCGCCUGCCAAUUGCAGGAGCUUCACGAGGCGAACGCGGCGCUCAUCUCUGAAGUGCACCAGCUGCGGCUCACAAACGACUUGCUGCAGGACCGACUGGAUAGGCUUACGGGGAGACAGAAGGAAGAGCAGGCCCGCGUGGCCGCGGCAGAGGUGUCACUGCAGCAGCGAGAGAGGGCGGGGCACCAGUUGCUAGAGAAACAGCUGGACCGCGUGGCCUUCCUUGAGGCGCAGGUGAGGUCAUUACGCGGCUAUCAUGUCCCCGCGAACGCCCCCAUUGGCGAGGUCGGUGAGAACGAGAACAUCUUUGAGCUGUACCUUGGCCAGCUCGUCGCUGCCGAGGUGCCGGAGGGGAUCGAGGUGCCGGAGAUGUUCUCCACCAUGUUCUGCUCUGCUGACUUCUUGGUGCAUGAGACGGUCACCACUGGCACUGUGCGCGGCUUCAACGGCUUCUUCGAGGUGACCGCAUCGUUCUGCGUGUCGAUGGACGCGCUCCUAUUCUACUACCUGCACACGCGCCAACUACUGAUUCAGCUGCACCGCGUUCGUAAUGCAGAGGAGGCAGCCGCCAUGACGCUAGCCGCAGCGGCCGGAGCGGGUGACGAGGAGACGCACCUCUCAGCGACAGACGCUGUUGACACCGGGACUACGCACAGCGCGCACGGUGCCAGCUCCAGCGGUAGCAUGCACCCAUGCCUUCGCAUGGCCGAGCAUAUGUUCGAGACAAUCGCGGAGGGUCAGGUGAGCCUGGCCGACAUUGUGCUGCGGGAGGACUGCCUCCAAUCCAACCGCCCAACGCUGAAGGGCCACGUGCACCUGGUCACACCUGCAGGCCGGCACCUCGCCUCCGUCGAGUUCCGCCUGACGGCGCGGCGUCCCUACUCGGCCGACUUUGUGCGACUCGUGGAAAAAUCGGUGGCAACCGCCAUCGCCGAGGGUGCCGCUGCCGCCUCCGGCAAGGAGGCAGGCGACGAGCAUGACGCGUCGUCGCACCUGCUCGACUGGAUGCGGACUACCGCCAGCACUUCACUGGGCGCCGCCGAGCAUCGGCGGCAAGAGUCUGGCCAGGGGCCGACGCUGACCCCGCGCCACACGCGUAGCGCCGCGAAGACCACCUCCACCGACCCCCACCUCCACACUCGCCACAGUCGACUGCAGCUGGUGCCGGUUGCCUCUGCCGACGGGGACACGUCAUCGACCGCUUCGUCCUUCUUCAUCCAACAGCAGUCGCGCAUGGCGGGCACCGCUGGGGCGCUAGUGGUGCACCUUCCCCCGCCUUCGCCGCCGCCACGACAGCGUUGGCCAAGCGCGUCCUCGCGGGGUAGAAGGGAAGGAAGCGACGUGCAGGCUGCUCGUCACAGAGGUGGCGGCUCGCCGUUCAGCAGCCGAGCCGACCACGACUCCGACAUGGAGCGCAGCCCUGUCUCCGCCUCUUUCAUGCACGUUGAUCGCUCGCUUCUGUCGGCGCAGCCGGUGGUUGGAGGGAGCGGCGGCGAAGGCUCGAGGGUGAUGCGGUCAGCCAUUCAAUGUCUCUGGGUAGAUGUGGAGCGGCUGGAGCUGCCGGCCGACCUGCCACCGCCCAUCCCGCGGCUGUCCUGCUACUUUCGUGUCGAAGCAGCCGACGUCGAGGUGUGGCUCGACGCGCCACCGACGCCGCGCUACACGUGGGAGUAUACGCUUGACGUUCGAGACGGCAGAGUCGGCGCCUACGGUGCAUCGCUGCCGGUACGUUCCGUCACGCAGCUCGCCUCUGUCCUGCGCGAGCCGCUUGUCGUUUUCCUGCUCGACGCCGACGCCAUGGAGUCCACGAGCGCUGCUGCCGUCACCGAUCCGUGCGUGUGGGCCAUGGCUGUGUGCGAGUGGGCACAAGUGGUGCAUCGACCCAAUGAGCCGCAGUCCUUCGCCUUACCGCUUCUGCGGCGCGAUCAGUCCGUUGUACACGGGGCGGUGCUGCGGCUAUCCCUGACCGCCUCCACCAUCGGCGCGCGUUCGAGCCCGCCACACGCAGAGCCAUCGCCCUCGCAGCUGCACACCACUGGGUUGAAUACCAGAAGCCCGCCUUUCAUACCACCACCCCCGAUGUCGCCGCCGCCGCCACCGCUACCAGAGGAACUGUCGCCGCCGAGGGACCUCUCUAUGGAGGAGGAGUUGCUGAGGCUCGAAUACAAGGAUCGCACCGGGCGCAGCUUCGUGUAA